AUGUGGUAAGCUAUAUAUGUACAUACAUUGGUAAGGCAUUUGUGUAGUAUAUAAAUGUUAUAUCAUUUUGCACUAACAGGUUUUAUAUACGGACAGUUGCUCAAAAGCAGGUCCCAGAUUUCCAGAAUUACAUGUAUAUCAAGUGUGUAUAUGGGACAGACUAUAUAUAAAAUGAUUCGCAAUAUUAGUUUCUUGAUGACCUCGGACAACUUGAUCAAAACGACGAUUUGUACAUACGAUAUUGACCUUUACGUGCUGCAUUGCUGCUGAAAUGUUUGACCAUGCAAGUUGAACCUUAUGUACAUAUGUAUUUACUUUUUUAAUACAAGAUUCUACAAUACGGAGUACAAAAUUAUACAAUGAUUUACACAAGAAAUUAUUUAUUGACUGUGGGAUAGAAUUAUAUUUUUGUGAGGAAGAAACGAAUAUAUGAAUGCUGAUUUGACAUUCUAAGAGCAUUGUUUAUCUAUCUUAAACCCGAUUCCUCUCACUUUCUUGUCAAUGAAAUUCCAAAGUUGACCAUGGAGUUGAAAAGUAAUCAGAAAAUUGACAAAUUAAUUGAGCUUAGGUCAAAAAUUAGAGGUCACGAAAAACUCUGUCAUUUCUCGGACAUCCUGGACGAUGAAUUUGUAAUUGGUUUUUUGGAAGGGAAAAAGCAUGACAUGCAUGAGACAAUCUUUUGCCUGGAAAAUUACAUUGAGUUGCGAACUGUGAAGUAUAAGAAAUUUAUUCAACCCUUCUUACCAUCCAGAGCAAGUUUGUUGGGAACCGAAUUCGUUAAUGUUCUAUCAAGCAGGGAUCAUCAUGGGAGACAUGUUGCAGUGCUAAAUAUUUCUGCCUGGAAUCCGUUACUUAUAUCUGUACAAGAAGUCAUGGUAACCGGAUUGUUCAUUUUUGAUGAAGCGGUAAGGCGUUAUGUUUCGAUAAGCGAUGAAUUUGUGUUCAUAGCCAACUUUGGUGGCGUGUCAUUCGAGCAAGCAAAAGCAAUCACGCCACAACGUGUCUUCCAAAUACUGGAAUUGUACCUGAAAUGCCUCCCUGGCCGCCCAAAAGCGUUGCAUAUCAUACAUGAAAACUUUAUAAUGAACGGAGCCGUCCGAAUUCUGAAAUAUUUGUUGUACACAAAAUUACGGGAACGGAUUCAUGUCCACUCAAAGAAGCUUGAUUCAUUGCAUGAACACGUGCGUAGGACAAUUUUGCCGACCUCAUUGGGUGGCACACUUACAAACGAGGAAGCCUUCGACAAUGGUCUAAUGGUAAAAAUAAGGGGGAAUGACGGUUUUUAUAAAAGCUUGGAAAAAAAAAGUGAUGAAGUUUCAAGUAUGCGCUAAAAAAUGGAAUUAUAAAUGUAUAAUAAAUCCACCGACGUUCUGUUUAUCGCCAAUUAAUUUUAAUCUAUCUCCAAUAGCUACAUAUACAUACAUAUGUAGAUUAUGUGACACCAAUAUAUCAUCCCGGUGAACUCUGGAUAAACACGUGUCCACUACCAAGAAUUGGUGAAAUCAUGAUCUUCCUCGUCUCUCUUCAUUGGCACAUUUGAUUUAUGUACAUAAAUAUUUAUACCCAUAUACAUUUAUUUGCAUUUAUGUUUACGCGAAUUGUUGAGUUCCUUUUCUUAAGGAUUAAAUUCAAUUUAAAACGCUGAAAAAGUAGAAUAAAAUGCAAGUAACAAAA